AUCAAUAUUUGCGCAGAAAAAUUAAAAAAGUCUGAUAAAUUUGUUUUAAUUAGAACCAUUUGAAACGUUUUUGAAGAUAUGUAAUCGUAUAUGUGUUUUAAAAAAUGAUUACUAAACAUUAUUCCUAAAAUGUCGACUGAAAAAGUGGCAGAAGAUAUUGCAAAUUGUGUGCGUAAAAACAUUCCAUGGCAGCAACUACCCGUACACCUGCGACAGGUGCUGCAGAAUAAUCAACGUGACUAUGAAAAAUAUGUCUUCAAUUACAGUCUUAAAAAUCAGUUACGCUUUCGUGGAAAUCUUGCAUCAAAGGUUUUUCGCCACGAACAGCGUUAUUAUGAACUCCUAGUGCAGAAAAGCAUUAACAAUUUAUUGUUAUUUCCAUAUCAUUUGGCGGAUAUUGUAACAAAGGGAAUGCGGUUUACACCUUUCAAUUAUUAUUUGGAAGUUCUAAGUCAACUGCUACGCAAUGAUAAAAGUUAUGAUACGUUACCGAAUUUCACAGCAGCUGAUUGCCUACGAGUGCUUGGCAUUGGCAGAAAUGAAUACUUAUCUUUGAUCAGUGACAUAAAGACACACACAUCCCCUCGUGCUAUAUUGUUUGGAUCGAAAGCAAACCCUAUGGAUUUUAUGCCACGUUUCCCAGUUAGAAUACAUAUUGAACCUUGGUGGCGAAUUGAAGUUGCUUAUGUACUCGAGACAGAUAUACGUUAUGUUACAACAGCAGAACGAAGUCUAAUAGAUGACUUAAUUGAUUUUGGCUCUCAAACAGCAGGAAAGUGUGACUAUGUACUAGUACAUAGUUUAUAUAGAAAAGGGUUAGUUUAUUUAGAUGUACCUAUAUCUGGUGAAGAUCGUAUAUGUAUACCACCAUUAAAAAAUUUUGUUAUGAAUCGAGUCAGUGGAGAUUAUUUUGAAAAUUUAUUGUAUAAAAUUUUUGUGAGUGCUGAUGAGCAUAUGACCAUCUCUGAACUAGCACAGAUGUUGCAGGUGGAAUUGGAUUCUGUCAAAUACGCUGUCUCGCUGUUUUGUCGUUUAGGCUUUGCGCAAAUAAAAGAAGUAUUGAGCGAAAGUCCAGGGACUAAACCAAAACUUCAUCACAGUUGGACAAAAUAUAUAAAAGAACGUUCUAAUAUGAAAGAAGUGCCACAAAUAACUCCACUUAACUACAAUAAUUUUAUCAAUGCCGAAAAUUCUCGCUUAACGCAGAGUAGUCCCAAGCAGGAUAAAGACAACAGUUCAAUUGGAUAUCUUUCAUCAGAUGGUAACAAUAGUGACUUCAGUUUCGCUAAUAUGUCUGCACCAUCUCCUCAAGCAAAUGAAACUUCAGAUCCAAAUACAGAAGAACAAGAAUUUAGUUCAGAAAUAGAUGAUCUAAGUGAAAGUACAACCAAACUCAGCAUUAGAGAAUCCGCAUCAGGAACACAGCAAACAACAACUAUUGAAAAGGUCGAAAAAAUCGGAAAACGUGUUGGUUUUCUAUUUGAUUCGACACUUACAGCCUUUUUGAUGAUGGGCAAUUUAUCGCCAGGUCUUAAAAAUCAUGCGGUUACCAUGUUCGAAGUUGGUAAGCUUUCUGAAGAGAGUAUGGAUUCGUUUCUUGUAGAAUUGGAAAAAGUAUCAUUACUGGAUGCUGAAGGUGAAGGCGAUGUAUCACGUUAUUUUGCUCAUGCAGUAAUACUGCGAUCAACGAUUUGCGCGCUUCGCAACUUGUUACCAGGAGGAUUAGAUUUGCUACGUUUAGAAUGUUUGGAGUGUUUAGAUCAGAAAACUCGUGAUCGAGUUUUGGAGAAAAAAUAUAAAUUUAUAAUAUCUGCAGCACCACUAACAGCUUCAAUAUCUCAUCUUUUUAGCAUUCCCCUCUUCGGACAAUAUUUUAAGAGUUCAGACUGUUCUCAUAUGUGGACGAAACUGUUUUACAAUCACAUAACUGGAUAUGGUCCACCUAGUCUAUUUUUAUGCCAAGGCACUGUACUUAAGUCUUUACCACGAGUUUUUCUCGGAUAUGGCAAAUUGCUAGUAAAUAUCUUACAUUCCGAUUCAUAUGUUAUAAAUUCUGAGAAUUUUCGUAAUAUAAAUGAACAACUAAAAAAUGGUUGUGUGCUGAUACAAGGAUAUGGCAUACGUAAGCCAGGAGAAUUACGUUAUGAAGCUUUUCCUUUUGAUGAAUACGAUUUACGUCAAGCUAAGUGGUCAAAACAUAAAGCUGUACAAAAACUAAGUGAACAUUUAGACUUAAAUCACAAUUGUGGUUUCAUAUCAUUCCUCAACACAGGUGUUGCUGAUAUUGGGUGCGAUGUUUAUGAAAUAAAUGUUAAUUUAAGGCAUCCGAAAAGCAAAACAAAAAUCUCUGAAAACAGUAACAAAAUUAAAGAUGUGCCAAAUUCAGAAUCUAACUCUGAUAUAAAUUCAACGAAAGUGCCAAUUGUGCAGGACCUCCUAUCACCUGCGGAUAAUUCAGAAGUUACUAGCUUUGCACGUGUACCAAGUUCGCCAAGUAAUAAAUUAAAAAGUCCAGAUGAGAAUUAUUUUGCUGUAAGUCCUCAAAAUAGUUCACCUUCAAACUUAUACACUUCAGAUGACUGUAAUGAGUUAUUAGCUACAGAAUUAGCAAAUUGCGAUUCAAGUUCUAUUGGUGAGUUUAGUAAGCCAGAAUUAGUAUCACAAGGUUCAGUUGAAAUUCCAAUUAAUGGUCGAGGAGCGUGCGAGAUAAGUGUAGAUAGCAAUGAUGCAACUGAAGAAUGGACAUUGCUCGAUGUACAUUAUGGCGUGCCGUUAUUUGAUGUGGAUGCAAAUACGCGAAUAUGUGAACAAAUUGUGCGUAAACUUUGCAACGAUGAAAAUUUAAAUAAAUUAUCACAUUUUUCAACUGUUAUGAAUGAAAAAUUCCUGAAUUUCGUUAAACAAUGUAUGCACUUUGAAGACGAAACAAUCGAACAUCUAAAAAUUGGUAAAAUUUUGCCACAUCCACGAAUUAAUUUGGCGUUUGAAAAUGGCAGAGUAUGUUAUUGGAGUGGACGAUGAAUAAAAUAUUCCAUUUUGUAAUUUUUUUUUUGUGCAAUUAUCAGUGUAGAGUUGAUAAGUUUGUUAUCAACACCAAUGAAACAUUUUUAAACUUUUAUUACCGAUUUGCUCCGCUGUCUUAUCUUUGAGUUGUAAUUAUAACAAUUUAAA